UUCGUUGACGCUCCGAAAAAAGAAAAAAGAAACACGUUGAGCUAAGUUGUCACUCAAACUGGCACAAGCCCGCCCGGCCGUCAGAACCACGUCGUUCACAAUACAUGUUGUGUUUCUGGCUCGUUGUGCUGUGUGACUGCAACGCGAAGCAGGACAUGCUGGUUUUUAAUCGACCACAUCUCUGUCAGGAAGGAAGCGCGUGCACUACAAAAUCCGCCGACUUUUAGCUAACCCGUUCUUAUAUUUAACUGUUCACUACGUUUUUUUUUUUGGAAAUGAGAAAGACACUAUCCCUGCUGCUGCACGCCAUCUCAUGCUGCUUGUUGGUCAGUGCCACUCUCUCAAAAACUGAUGUAAAGAAGUCGCACAAAGCUGAGGCUGAGGCAUCUCCAGCUGAGUUGUCUGUGCUGGAGAGAGGCCUUGUUGUGUCGGACCCGCCAUGGAAAGACAUAGUGAAGGAGGAAAAGAGACACUGGGCUCAGAUCAAGAAAAUCUUUCAAGGACCGGUGCUUGGAUAUGUCACGCCAUGGAAUUCCCACGGUUAUGAUGUUGCCAAAAUUUUUGGUGCUAAACUAACUUCGGUGUGCCCAGUUUGGCUUCAGCUGCACCGGCGGGGAGCAGAAACCUUCGAAGUUACAGGACUCCACGAUCAUGACCCAGGCUGGGUCAAAGCCGUACGCAAGUCAAAUAAAAAAGUCCGGAUGGUGCCUCGGCUGUUAUUUGACGGCUGGUCUUACCAGGACUACAUGUAUGUGCUGGGGAGUGAAGAUGAAAUUGAGGAGCUGGGAAGUGAGCUGGUGGAUGUUGCAAAGAAUGAAGGUUUCGAUGGUUUCACGUUGGAGUUGUGGAGCCAGCUCGGAGGUAACAAAAGGAAGGAGCUGGUCCAUUUGGUGAAACACAUAUGUGAAACUUUGAAGGCAAAAAGAUUAGACUGUAUUCUUGUCAUCCCACCUGCUGUGACAAGUGACGGCCAGCCGGGUAUGUUUGGCAGGGAGGAGUUUGAGGAGUUGGCCCCGGCGGUGGACGGAUUCAGCCUCAUGACGUACGACUACUCCAGUGGUGCCAGACCGGGCCCGAGCUCCCCCCUCCCCUGGGUGAGGGACUGUGUUCUCCAACUUGCUCCCAACACUCAGUGGAGGCAAAAGAUCCUGCUUGGACUCAAUUUGUAUGGCCUGGAUUUUGCAAGCCAGGAAACAGAGCCAACCCUCGGAGGAAGGUACAUCGAGAUUUUGCGAGAACACAGGCCCAAACUUCUCUGGGACGAAUAUUCUGCAGAGCAUUAUUUCAGCUACAAGAGGAAUAACGCAGUUAAGCAUGUGGUGUACUAUCCAUCAUUGAAGUCACUCUACCUGAGGAUCUCUUUAGCUACUGAACUUGGAACAGGGAUUUCCUUAUGGGAAUUAGGACAAGGGCUGGACUAUUUCUAUGAUCUCCUAUGAGAGUUGGACUUGAUAGAGAAGACUGUAGACUUUGGACCAGCAGCACAUGGAUUUUUCUUUUUUUUUUCUUUGAAGACUGAGCACCAAACAUUCAUGAGCUAUAUACACAGCUACAAUUCUUCUGUUUUACAAGUUAGGGUAACAUGAACUCUGAAACGAGCCGUUGACAGGAUUUAGUUAAUACUCAACUUGUUUGAGGGUCAUGAAAGUGUUGAGAAAUCUCCUCUACAUCGGUAUUUGUUGACUCAAACAAUACUCGCAGCAGACACAAGGUACUUCAGUAUGUUUUAUUCCUCAUCAUUGUGGAAAACAAUUCAACUUGUCCAGUUUAGUCAAAGUGCAGUGACUCGUCUCCCUUCAACAACAGAGGGUGCAUGAUAAUCAAUUUCUAUAAUGUUAAAAUGAAAGGUUAUAUUCUGCUCUUGUCCACCAACCAGACAUCAGCAGCCUCUACAGUCCAAAUUCAGAAAUCUGUUUUGUGCUCCAUUGCCCACAAACAUUUCUUCUCUUGGGUGCAUGUGAAUCCUUCUCUGACUUUGAACAUCCUCAAAACUGCAUCUGCGUUUUCUCUCUUGUAUUUUUCGAAUCAUGACAUUUGAUUGUGUUUAUAAUAACAGCAUUGAGAAGUUGUAUUUACAGUGUUGCCAAACAUCGGUUCUGACCCAGCAUCUUCCAAUAUUUGUCCGAGAUGAAUGUUUGUUUGAUUACAUGAAUAUAAAUGUGGAACAACUAAGCAGUUGAAUUUGAA